AAAUGGAAAAAACAAAUAAUUCUUCAUGCCUAUCUCAAAGCACAAAAUUUUCUCAUCACCCUUUAAACUCAAAAAGGAGAGAACGGAUUCCUCAUGUGAAGUGGUACCAGAGAGAAAAUUUUAUUCAUCUGACUCUAGAGAUAUCAAACUGCAAGACACCGGAAAUUAGACUGGAUGCAGACAAUUUGGUUUUCAGGGGUCAAGGAAAUCCGGAUAUGCUAUUUUACGAACUGAACAUAACUUUUCUUCACCCAGUUAAUCUUCAGAAAACAAACUAUUCCAUUCAUUCACGAGUGGUUGAGCUGAAGUUUGAAAAAAGUAUUCCGAGCUGGUGGACAAGAUUGGUUAAACCAAAAGAGCAUCAACAUUGGCUAAGGAUUGAUUUCCAGAACUGGAAAGAUGAAGAUGAAACAGAAGAAGAAACAAACAAAUCUGAAAGGGAAAACUAUCGACAAAACACAAGUGGAUGGAGUAAGCAUAUUGCCGAGAAUAUUGCUAAGGGUUCCCAUCUUUGUCCGCUUGGAAUAUCUGUGAUGAGUGGCAGUAUGACGAAAGAAAAAGGUUUACCUACGAUACAUCAGGAAAGUGGAUUGACAGGCAUAAAUGUCUACAAUUAUUGCACAACUUAUCAGGACUCUGAUAAUGAAUUUAUUUCUGACCUAGAGGAGGACUGAUUUUUGCACUAACUGUAGAAAAAAAGAUAAAAAAAAUCUGUAUGUAUGUACACAUCAACAUUUAGCUAGAAUGCACAUAAAAAUGUAAAUUAUCAGUAAUACAUAAUCAACCAUUUUUGUUUUAAUAAAUGUUUUAAAAGUUUAAA